AUGACCAAGGACCUUAGCUUCGACGUCUACUUCUCCAAUGAACAAGCCCACGCCCGCUUCGGGGACGGCAAAACCCUUGCAGAGCAUCUUCGUGAAAUCUACGAAGGCGAAGACCUCGUCUUCCCUGAUACCUUUGAACACAGCGACACCUCUCCUCCGGUGCAGUACUUGACCGUCGAAGCACCCGACGAUAUGACUGUCGAGGAACUCUACGAGGUAGAGGUUCCUCCUGGAUUAAUGGUGAGGAUUGAGGAGUUGCCACAGUAG